AUGGCCGAAAAGACAACGGAAGAGCUGGCGCUACGCGGGGCCGGGCCCGGCGCUGGAAAGACGCCCGGCGCGACGCUGACCUCGUUGUCGUCAAAGGUCGUCCAUGCCGACGACAACAUCUCCGCCCACCGUGCCAUUGCACCGGCAAUGCAUGUGAGCACCACGUUCCGCUACGACGAUGACCCGGAUCAACUGAAGGUGUGGGUAAACACGGAUCCCGCGGCUCCCCUGGACUCCCACAUCUACUCCCGAGACACCAACCCCAGCGCCACCCGGGUCGAGGCCAUCCUCGCCUCCAUCCUCAACGGGCCGUCGCUGACCUACAGCUCCGGCCUGUCCGCCUUCCACGCCAUGCUGGUCCACCUGAACCCGCGCCGCAUCGCCAUCGGCGACGGCUACCACGGCUGCCACGGCGUCAUCAGGGUCCUCUCCCGCCUGACGGGGCUCCAGCAGCUCCCGCUGGACUGCGACCCCUCGGAGCUGGGGCCCGGCGACGUCGUCCACGUCGAGACGCCCCUCAACCCCACGGGCGAGGCGCGCAACCUCCAGCACUACGCCGACAAGGCGCACAAGGCCGGCGCCUACCUGACCGUCGACGCCACCUUCGCGCCCCCUCCCCUGCAGGACCCCUUCGCCUUUGGCGCCGACGUGGUGAUGCACAGCGGGACCAAGUACUUUGGCGGCCACUCGGACAUGCUGUGCGGUGUGCUGGCCGUCCGCCCGGGCAAGGAGGAGUGGAUCAAGCAGCUAAGAGACGACCGCCUCGUCCUCGGCUCCGUCAUGGGCAGCCUGGAGGGCUGGCUGGGAAUGCGCUCCCUGCGGACGCUCGAGCUCCGCGUCACACGCCAGAGCGCCACAGCCACGGCCCUCGUCGCCUGGCUGGCGGCCGAGAAGGCGGACCCGGCCUCCGUCGUGGGAUCGCAAAUCGAGCUGAUCCAGCACGCCAGCCUGCAGGCCGAGGCGGCGGACGAGGGCAGCUGGCUGAGGAGGCAGAUGCCCAACGGCUGGGGCCCCGUCUUCGCCGUGUGGCUCAAGGACCCAGCCGCCGCAAGGAGGCUGCCCAGCAAGCUGGGGCUCUUCCACCACGCGACAAGCCUAGGUGGCGUGGAGAGCCUGAUUGAGUGGCGGUCGAUGACCGACCCGAACGUGGAUCCGCGCUUGUUAAGAGUUAGCAUCGGAGUCGAAGGACUGGAGGACCUGAAGCAGGAUCUGCAGCAGGGUUUCGAGGCGCUGCAAGCAACCAAAUAG